AUGGGAAACCAAACAAGCAAAAAGUCACAGGAAACAUCUUCUAAGACCACAACAACAACAACCAUGCACCACACAACAGAGCUGAGAUCAUACGAGGCUGCAUGUAAAGCAGACACGGAGCUGCAAUCUUUCGACACAUGUUUACAUGCACGGACAGGUCACUUGAUAAGCACGCUAGCUACGGGUGUUGAGGUUCGAGCGCUCUCGUUCGAUUCCCUCAAAGAAGUGACCGAGUGUUUGCUUGAGAUGAAUCAAGAAGUGGUGAAAGUGAUAUUGGAUUGUAAGAAAGAUAUAUGGAAGAAUCAAGAAAUGUUUGAUCUCGUUGAAGAUUACAUUGAGAAUAGCUUGAAGACACUUGAUUUCUGUGCUGCUUUGGAGAAAGGGUUGAGAAAGGCUCGUGAUAGUCAGCUUUUGAUCCUUGUUGCUCUUCAGCAGUUUGAAGAUGAGAGCCUUGUUAAAGGUUGUAAUGGAUACGAGAAGACACUUGAAGAGCUGAGGAAUUUGAAAGACGUAGAGUCUCCUUUCAACGACGAAUUCUUCAAGAUGUUCCAGUCUGUGUACAGACACCAGAUGUUGAUGCUUGAGAAGCUACAGCUUCACAAGAACAAGCUUGACAAGAAGCUCAAGUGCAUCUACACAUGGAGAAAACUCUCCAGCAUCAUCUUCAUGACUACCUUCGCCACUGUACUCAUCUGCUCCGUUGUGGCUGCAGCCAUGGCAGCUCCUCCCGUAGCCGCGGCUCUGGCUGUAGCUACUGUUGUGCCGCUAGGCUCAAUGGGAAAAUGGAUUGAUUCUAUGUGGAAGAACUAUGAGAAUACACUUAAAGGACAAAAAGAGGUGAUAAGUUUGAUGCAGGCAGGGACAUAUGUGGCGGUUAACGACUUGGAUAAUAUCCGGGUUUUGAUCGAACGGUUGGAGAUUGAGAUCAGGGGAAUGGUGAAGUGUGCUGAAAUCGCAGUGGAGCAUGAGGAAGUCAGGCUUGGGAUCAAUGAAAUAAAGAAGAAGCUUGAGGUGUUUAAGAAAAAUGUAGAGGAAUUGGGAAUACAUGCUGAUUUGUGUAGCGGAUAUAUAAGAAGGGCAAGGACUGUGAUUCUGCAGAGGAUCAUCAAGCAUCCCAACAAUUCUAAGUAG